CGUGCUGCAGUAUGUUUAAUGAUGUUAAUGCUAUUACAUCAUUACAUAGCUUCAUCUUUCUGCGAGAUGGAAAAUGUUAGUUGAACAUGACGAUCUUGCAUUCAAAAAUGGUAUAUUUUUCACCAAAGUUAAAUUUAGUUUAACAACUGUCUAACCAAAGCUUUGGUUAGCGUUCAACAAAACGACGGAGAUACACAUGUUUAUCGUUACUUAAUUAUGCUUUUCUUUUUCACAGGUGUUUUUAUGUUAAUGGCUGUAGGAUUAAUGUCCAUUUGUACAGGAGUCUUAUCACAUGUAUGGGAGCCAUACAUGUUAAUUUUCAAAUGGAAAUUAAUAUUCGAGCAUGGAGGAGAAAUAUUUGAACUUUGGCGAACACCACCGGUUGACCUUUACAUAAAAAUAUAUUUAUUCAACGUAACAAACGCAGCGCAAUAUCUUAAAGGAGAAGCUGAAAAAAUGUCUUUCGAAGAAGUGGGACCAUACGUUUACAGAGAACUUCUAUCACAUGAGAAUAUAACGUUUUACGACAACGGUACUCUUUACACCAGACCCAGCCAUCCUCUUGUGUUCCAAGAACAUUUAUCGGAAGGCCAUAAAGAAGAAGACCUUUUUUACUUACCAAACAUCGCGUUACUGAGUAUUGCACAUGUUGCUUCCAAACAUAAUUAUCUGAUUCGAUUACCUUUGAACUUGCUUAUAAGGCAAACAAAAAAUUUACCGCUAGAGAAACAAACAGCUAGGCAAUUUAUGUUUGGAUAUGAAACUACUCUAACAACACUUGGAAAUACCUUCCUUCCCAACUGGAUAUCUUUUAAUAAAGUUGGACUGAUAGACAGGGUUUGUAUAAAUCUGCCAAUCCCUUUGUAGGU